GCCGGAUCCGGCACCCACGGCGUCAAAGCAAGAGCCAGUCAUUCGAUUUCAUCAGCACCCGGUUAGCUUCCGAUCACACAUUAUAUACCUUCCUCUUCCUUCCUUCCUUUCUUCCUGCUUUCUACUGCAAGGAUGUCCCAGACCUCAACAACGAGGGCCCCAAUACACACGGCAGAGGUCGCGGAAGUACCUAAUACCAAUCAUAAUAUCACGCAACCAAAAGAACCUCAACUAACAGACCAGACCAGAUUACUUCCUCCGCGUCAAAUAAUUGUUGUCAUGUUCGCUCUCUCCCUAUGUAACCUUGUCACAACUCUAGACCAAGUCGUCGUCUCCGCCUCUCUUUCCACCGUCGCCGCCGCGUUCAACGCUGGUUCAGUCUCAGCCUGGAUUCCUGCUGCGUAUUUGAUGACAUCGACUGCCUUCCAGCCUUUAUACGGUCGUCUUUCUGAUAUCUUCGGUCGAAAGGCUGCUAUUAUAUUGGCGAUGGGGAUAUAUAUUCUUGGUAAUCUGGUUGCAGGGUUUUCGAAAUCUAUCAUCCAGCUGAUAGUGUUCCGUGCGAUUGCUGGUGUUGGAGAUGGAGGCGCAACAAGUAUGGUUCAGAUAGUGGUUUCUGAUGUUGUUUCAUUGCGAGAUCGAGGAAAGUUCAUAGGAUAUGCUGGAGCAGUGACUGCUGCUGGGUAUACAAUCGGUCCUAUCAUCGGUGGUGCUCUUGCUCAGCAUGUUAGCUGGCGUUGGACCUUCUGGAUCACUCUCCCAGUAGCAUUGUUUGCAAGCAUAGCUAUAUUAAUUCUAUUACCUCUGAAGCCUGUACAAGGAGAUAUGCGCAGCAAAUUACUCAUGAUUGACUACGUCGGCGUAUUCCUGACUCUUGCGGCCUGUACGAUGAUCAUGCUUCCUUUAGUCUGGGGUGGAGUCACCUUCCCUUGGAAGUCAGCAAUUGUCCUGGGGCCUUUAAUCGCCGGAAUAGUCGCAGUUGGUAUUUUCUGCUUAUGGGAAUCAAGAGUGGCGAGGCUCCCGCUCGUUCCGAUGUAUAUCUUCAGACACAUGACAGUCGUCGGUGUAUACAUCUGCAUGUUUGUCAACGGAUUCGUGUUUUUCUCAAUGCUCUUCUACCUCCCCCAAUUCUUUCAAGUCAUCUUGGGUUAUUCAUCCACUCGUUCCGGUACAUUCAUCAUCCCGUUACUUGUAACUGUGGUUUCAUCUGCAGUAGGCUCUGGAAUUUGGAUCAGUCGGACAGGAAAAUAUCGAUCAAUGAUUUAUCUUGGCUUUGCGACAUUUGCUAUCGCGUGUGGUUGCAUGACCAUAUUUACCGCGGAGACAAGUAGAGUGGUCAUGGUAGUUCUUAUGGUUAUUGCAGGUCUUGGUAUAGGAGCGACAAUGCAAACAACGACGGUCGCUGCUCAGGCUAGUGUUGAGAGGAAGGACAUGGCAGUGGUUUCUGCAGUGAGGAAUUUCCUGAGGAUGCUCGGUGGUGCUCUCGCUCUCCCAUCUUCCGCUGCUCUAUUAAACAAUGCCAUGCGUGUGUCUAUGAACACCCUCUCCCUCCCUCCCUCUACAAUAUCCUCCAUAAUCAACAACCCGUCUCUACUCCUACAACCCUCCGAUCUCUCCAAAUUCGGACUCACAUCCUCUCAAGCUGAUCAUAUUCUCGUCCAAGGCUACAACAAAGGAUUUAAAGACGUCUUCAUUCUGAACACUGCGUUGACCGUCCUUGCGUUUGUAGCUAGUGUCGUGAUGAUUGGACAUAAGGAGCUUUUGAGAGGCGACGAGGAAGCCUUGAAGCAGGAGGCGAAGGCGGCGUUGAUGUUGGAGAAGGCACCGGGUAUAGGACAAGGGCGAAUUCCUGAGAUGGAUGAGGAUCAUGGUCUACGUGGGGAUGUUGAGAUGGGGUCGGUGUCUUCACCGGAGAGAUGAUGAUUACAUACACUGGCACAGAUUAUUUAGAAGUGACAAGGUGUUUAGAUCGACAUAUAUAUAAUAUCCGCAGAUUUCACCAGUCAUUUCCUCAAUUGGCUUAGGAUGAUGAUACGGACCUCGCCCUAUAGACUCGGGUCACUACUGGCUUGCACAAACCCAGUGCUCCCUGAC